ACACUGCCAAAUUAAGUGUGUCCUAUUUUACAUUUUCAUUAGCAGUGCAUGAGGUCUGUUUUCUCUGCAUCCUAACCAUUGCUUGGUAUUGUCUGACUUUUUGAUUAUAGCUAUUCGGGUGGAAAUGAGUGGUAUCUCAUUGUGGUUUUAGUUUGAAUUCCCUGUGACUAAUGGUGUUCAGCCUUUUUUUUUUUUUUUUUUAUGUGCUUAAUUAACCAUUCUUGUACCAUCUUCUAUGAAGUAUUCAAAUCUUUUGCCCAUUUUGGGGGUCCAUUUUAAACGUUGCGUUGGUUUGUAAGCAUUCUUUAUAUGUUCUAGGUAGCAAGUCCUUUUUCAAACAUGAUUUGCAAAUAUUUUCCCCUAGUCUCCAGCUUGUAGGAUAUUUAUUUUUUAGAGCAGUUUUAGGUUCACAGCAAAAUUGAGCAGAACGUACAGAGAGACCCAGUGUGUUCCCUGCCCCACACAUGCACAACCUCCCCCGUGAUCAGCAUCCCCCGCUAGAGUUGUGUGUUUUUACAACUGAACCUACAUUGACACAUCAUCAUCACCCAAAGUGUGGCUUAUCCUUUUUUUAAAAUUUAUUAUAUAUGUCAUGAAAUGCUCACCACGAGAAGCAUAUUACAGUAUUAUUGACCGCAUUCCCUGUGCUCUACUUUCCAUGCCUGUGUCUUUUCAUUUUCUUAAUGGUAUAUUUUUGAAGCGAGAAAGUUUUAAGUUUGAUAAUAUUUUACCAAUUUUUUCUUUUAUGAAUUGUGCUGUUGACCUAAGAACUCUUGGUCCUGCCUAAGGUCAUUAUUUUAGGUUGUCUUUCUUGAAACCUUUUAGAAGAUUAAAGCAAUCAUUGGUUCUUUCUUUUGGUAAUCUUUUCCAAGUUAAAAAGAAUAGGUUACAAAAAAGAGUAGGUAAAUAGUGCUACAUAACUAUAGCAAACACUUCAAAAUAAUGCUUUUCCUUUGACCUUGGCUGCUAAUUUUCUCCUUUGUGAAUGAACCAAUUAAAUUUAAUUUCUGGGAUUUCAGCAUCUUGCUUUCAUUGUAAUAAUUGCGUUUUAUGGACAGAUCUGCUAAACUGAAAAACUUUUUUCACAUCUGCUUUUUGUUUCUCUUCAUUGUUUAGUUAGAUUUUCUCAGCCAGAUGUUAGGAAGAAAACAGUCCAUGUUAAUUCACACUAAUGUGAGACUGAUGGGGCUUUAACCCUCUGAGAGGAGUAUACAUUUUAAAAGGAUUAAUAAACCAGUUCUCUUGUUUUGUAGAAUUUCAUUUGAACAAAAUGAGUUGUAAUCAAUUUCAGGAAUGUGGGGAAAAUAAUUGAAAUCAGGCUUAUUAAGAGAGGCUGGCCGUUUCUGCUAGAGCACUUCUUUCCAGUGUUGGGCCUCUUUAGCAACUGCAGGUUCUCUGAACACCUGAUAACUUGCUGAAUCUGUUAAACUGCUGGAUAAGGAAGCUGAGGCUCAAGGUUGAUAAUUUGCCCAAGGUCGCUCUGCUGCGCUCCAUCCCUUCUCCUAAAGAUGCAUCCUGACUUAUCUCCACACUUGCACACUGAAGAAUGCAACGUCUUGAUUAACUUGCUUAAGGAAUGUCACAAAAAUCACAGCAUUCUGAAAUUUUUUGGUCAUUGCAAUGAUCUUGAUCGGGAGAUGAGAAAAUGCUUGAAGAAUGAGUACAUGGAAAAGAGGACCAAGAGCAGGGAGCAUGGCAAUGCGAUGAGAAAAAGACUUUUUAAUCCCGCAGAGGAAUCUGAAAAAUAAAUUGCAGGCAUACCUCGUGUUAUUGUGCUUCAUUUUAUUGAGCUUCGCAGCUAGUGCAUUUUUUUCAAAUUGAAGGUUGGUGGCAACCUCGCGUCGAGUGAGUCUAUUGGUGCCAUUUUUCCAACAGCAUUUCUCACCUCGUGUUUCUGUAUUGCAUUUUGGUAAUUCUUACAAUAUUUCAAACUUUAUAAUCACUAUUAUAAUUCUUACGCUGGUCUGUGAUGUUACUAUUGUCAUUGUUUCGGGGCAUCACGAAGCGUGUCCACAGAAGACAGUGAACUUCAUCAGCGUUGUGUGUGUUCUGACUGCUCACCUACCAGCCCUUCCCUCGUCUCCCCUUGUCCUCGGGCCUCCCUGUUCCCUGGGACUCAGCAGUGUUGAAAUUAGGCCAGUUAGGAACCCUACGCUGGCCUCUAAGGGUGCAAGUGACAGGAAGAGUCCCUUGUCUCUCACUUUAAGUCAAAAGCUAGAAGUGAUUAUGCUCAGGCAGAAGGGCAUGUUGAAAGCGGAGAUAGGCCGGAGCCAGGCCUCUUGCAUCAUUUAGCCAAGCUGUGAGUGCAAAGGGAAAGUUCCCGAAGGAGAUCAAAAGGGCUCCUCCAGCGGACACACAAAUGCAAAGAGAGCGAGAGGACUUACUGCUGAUGAGAAGGUUUCAGCGGUCUGGAUAGAAGAGGAAACAUUCUCUUAAGCCAAAGCCUAAUCCAAAGCAAAGUGCUGACUCUCUCCAGUUCCAUGGAGGCUGAGAGGCGAAGAAGCUGCACAAGAAAAGCUUGAAAUUGGCCGAUAUUGGUUCGUGAGGCACAAAGGAAAGAGACUGUCGUCCUAACCUCAAAGUCCAAGGUGAAGCGGCAGGCGCUGUUGCAGAAGCUGCAGCCACGUGGAGGCAAGGCCCUUCACCAGCAAAAAGACUGACUUGCGGAAAGCUCAGGUGAUAUGGUUAGCACCUUAGAAACAAUAAAGUAUUUUUUAAUGAAGGCGUGUACAUUGAUUUUUAGACGUAAUGCUAUUGUAUACCCACUAGACUACAGGGUAGUGUAAACAUAACUUUUAUAUGUGCUGGGAAGCCAGCAAAGUCAUUUGACUCAUUUUACUGUGGUAUUUGCUUUCUUGUGGUCUGGAACCAAAUCUUUAAGAUCUCUGAGGUUUGCCUGUAUACUUCCACUAGGUGCCUUAGCUGAGAGAAGACUUAAAACCUCUUGGUGGAUAACUGAAAGAAUCUUACCUCAUUUGGUCUCCAGAAUCCUUUGGACAGAAAGUGACUCAUGAGAAAUCAAGCCAUGGAGAAAUAUGGAAACCCCGAUUCUGAGUAUUUUGUUAGGCAGAGAGCCUUAGGUACUCUCUCCCUUCUGCCAACACACCUGACUUGUAACAUGUUCCUUCCCUUUGCCAACAAUCAGUUAACAUUUGCGUAACUUAUCUCCUUCAAUAAAAUAAUUGACUUGAA